AUGAUACGAUAUACUCGUCCGUUGAAGGGGAACGACAAAGAAUUCGACAGACCUAUUCGCUUAACUGGCCCCACAUUUGUAUUAUGGGCAAUGGGACCUCUAAACCCAAGCCUCAAGCGUCCUAUCUUUGACCGGGAGCAGACAUCGCUUCCAAGCAGCAAUGUGGCUGUUGAGUUUGGUCGGAUUGUGACUAAUGCUUGUGAAAGACGAUUGAAGGUUUCAGAGAACACGGUGGGUAGUAGUAUUCCAGGCUUCAAACGUCCAACAAUAUCAGGUGUAACGGAUAUUACAGCGCGUAUCGGUCCCUCUGGAGGGGCUCGUGGGGUUGAGGGGAUCACAGGUGGGCCGAGCCGGGGGUUUGCAUGGUAUAUAUCUCCCACAGGAACGUCUGGAAUGGAUGUUUUAAUCCCAGCCAUUGGAGUUGAACGUGGAAGGACGUACACAUUCACAGUCCAAGGAGGGACAGACGAUGGCUCUGGAAAUGUAUUCCAUCCCCUUUAUAUCACGACGGAUUCGGUGGGUGGGUUUCAGACGAAAUCACCGCAAGAACGAAGGAAGGAAACUGUAUAUGCUGGAAUUCAGGAAGUGAAAACGGAAGCUGAUGGUGCGAUAAUCGAAUUCAAUGCACCGGCUGCUGGGGCUUUGUGUCGUAUCACCUCAACUGUGAGCGACACCGCUACAGUUAGGUUUUGGGCAGACUAUCACGAUACUCUAGACACUUCAUGCACAGAAGAUGAUGCCGUGACCUCUAACUCUGGAAAGCUAAGAUGGACAGUACCUGCUGACGCACCCGACCUACUUUACUAUCAAAGCGUCACAUUGCCAUUCAUCGGCUACAAGAUCGGUGUUUUUGACGAAGGUGAAGUAGAUAAGGGAGUACUUGAGGAAAUCAAUGGCGGCGGCCCGUUGGAAAUCCGCGAAGAGGUCGUGGAGGAGAGUCCUAGCGAAGGCGAAAAUGAGGAGGAAGCAGUUCCAACCAUGGAAGGUAAUGUUGAUGAUGGGCCCUUGGAUGCACUCCCAAACCCUAGUCCGCAGAGUAAUGCUGAUGAUGAGCCGGCGGCUACAUCCGAAAGCGAUGCUACUCCUACAUCUGAGGGCGAAGGGCCAGAUGCAGAAGGCGAUGUGGACGGAACAGUAUCGGAAGAAGAUAAUGACUGCCAAGUGAAUUUUAAGGGUACAGUUCGUUCUUACACUUUGUGUAAAAAGGACCCGGAAAGAAAAGGCAUGGACGUGUAUUGGAAUUUGCGAGAGGAGGAUAGUGAGUUGGAGACGUUAUUCCGGGCGCGUAAGGUGGAAGGUGGUGGAUAUGUGGCCUUUGGAUGGGGCGAAGUGAAGAUGUUGAACAGCCACGUUGUGAUCGCAAACACCAAUACCGAAAGUGGCAUUAUUGACUCAUACUUUCUUGCGGACAGCAACUCUGAAGGUGUCAAUGCGAACAGUAGCCUGCCGCUACUAUCGAAAGAUGUUGAUGUCAAGGGUGAUUUUGUUUCCGGUAUCUUUACGCGGAAACUUGAUAUUGAAGGAGUGUCUACACUCACCAGCGGGGCGACAUCCAUUAUUUGGGCAAUUGGGCCCGAACCUAGACCGCCCAUUAUUCUAGAGAAACACAAUUUGAUUGGAACAGACAUACUUGAAAUCUCAGGGAGCGCUGGAUCUCCUGACAGUGUCGGUGAUGGAACUACGACUGUUGCUGAUGGGAACAGCAACUGCUCUGUAUCGUUUAACGAUACAGACGAGGUCUUCGAAGGUUGUCGAAAAGGUCUAACUCACAAUGUAGAGGUAUAUUGGACCAUACGUGAAGAGGAUGGAGAAAUCGACACCUUGUUUCGAUCCCAAACUGAUGGCUACAUUGGUUUUGGCUGGGGAUCUUCGAAAAUGAUUGGGGCCAAUGCAGUGAUAGCUAUGCAAGACGAGAAAGGAGAUCUCAAAAUUGAAGACUACGGCAUGAAAGCGUACUCAACAGCUGGCGUUCAGCCAGAGAACAAUCAAGAGCUCAUUGACAAGCGAGUUGCUUUCGACGGAGAAUACUUAGCUGGGAUGUUCACUAGAAGGUUGGCAGUUGAAGGUCUCCCAGUCAUUACGAAGGGAGAAACAGAUGCAAUUUGGGCCGUUGGUGUGCGACCAAGUUCGAAAGCGCAGUUAAAAGAACAUAGCAAGAAGUCAAGAGGAAGAAUUGACCUUGCAGAGAGCUCAGGGGGCGUUUUGGGAGUCGACACCAGCACCUACUUUAUUGUGCAUGGUGUGCUCAUGACCAUGGCUUGGUUCGUAUUAACUCCAAGUGCGCUCGUGAUUAUGCGUUUCCUCAAGGCUCACAAUCCAAGCACUUUCAGGUGGCAUCGGGCCCUCAACCUCCUGUCUGUGAGUUUUGUAGUUGCUGCAUUCAUCAUGGGACUCGUGAGGGGAACCCGAAAGCACAGGGCUCACUUAAUCAUUGGGGGCAUUGUAUUCUCACUAGCAACACUUCAGGCGCUCAGUGGUCUUCUUCGUCCAGGCAAGGACAAGGACGGUCGGCAACUGUGGGCAGUUGUGCAUUUUCUCAGCGGAUAUGUGACGUUGGGUUUAGGGAUGGCGAACGUGUGGCUCGGACUGGGCGUAAUUGGCGCUGCUACUGGCUAUUACAUCGUAUGCGGGGUGUUGGUGGGCUUUUACGUCAUUGCACAACUAGUUUUUGGCUUGCAAGCAGAAAAGUACCCGGUGCGAGAGUGCGAAGCGGAGGAGGCGUUUCCGCCUGAUGUGGACCCAUUACUUGCGGGUGAAGCACCAGGCCCUGACUUGACAUAGAAGGAUAAACUUUUCCGUGUCUGUAUUUUAACA